UCCAAGAUUCAAUGGCAUGACCGGUCAUGCUGUUCGUCAAAGGCCGACUGGCGCCAUUUGCCACCGUCCAGACUUCUUCCAAUCCGUGCGUUCUUGCGUGCUCGCCACCUGCCGAAGCGGGACCAGAGGCCCGUCUGCUCGGGCUUAUGCGCGCCAAGCCACAGUGUGCUGUCCCACAUCCGCAAGAGGCACCUCUUCUUCGCAAAGCUGCAAGUCACGCGGACCAAGCGGUGGGUCUUCCGUGCGGACAUCAUCGUUUCCUCGCAAGGCCGAGGCAAUGAGGGAGCGCAUGACAUCGCGCAAGAUGAUUGGGCACUCGCAUGCGAGGUCACUUGUCUCAUCUCCCUGCUGGCCUGCUCUGCGCAGUGCGGGGAAAUGCGUCGCAACGAAGCAUUGCAGGUGGAUGUGUGGUGGCGUUUGGAGUCUGGAUAUGCGCACGGCUACAAACGGUAGGUCAAAUGCCGUGACGCCUACGACGACCGCUCUCUCUGGAGAUCAGCGAAAUCCGUUAUCUCGGAAAAGUAGCUCUGACCGGUCAGAGGGGUUGCGGUGCACCUCGAAAGAAUGUGUUGAAAGCAGCUGGCGAUGAAUGGGAGAUUUGAUCGUUGUCGUAUGAAGGCCUGCUGAUGUCUCACAAUUGACCGAGAAAGGCACUUGUGCUGGCGCUGUGGGAUGGACCGGUCGAGGAGCCAUAGAAAGGGACCUCUCGGUGCGACGAAGCAUCCCAGUGCUUUGUCGGUGAGGUCAGAAUGGCAGGUUAGAAGAGCAGUGAGAGGGAAUUCUUCUACCUUUCGAGGGGCGACGAAAGUAGCCUAGCGAGUGGCCGCAUCUCCCAGACCCCCCC